AUGGAGGGGCUGCGGGCGCUCUGGCUGCUGGCGGCGGCGCUGGGAGCGGCGGGGGGACACCCGCAUCCCUGCCGCGUCCCCACCCCCCCGGGGCCCAGCCCCGGCCCGAGCCCCGGUCCCGCCGUGCGCCUCGGGGCGCUGCUGCCGCCCGCGCCCGCCCGCGCCCGGCUCCGCGCCGCGCUGGCCCGGGCCGCCGGUACCGGCCCCGGGGGGGACCCCGGCGGGGCGGCGCUGCCCCACAACCUCAGCCUGGAGGUGGUGGGGGGCGGCCCGGCAGCGAGGGACCCCGGCUCGCUGGCGCGGUGGCUGUGCGGGGCUCUGGCGGGACGCGGCGUGGCCGCCGUCCUGGCGCUGCCCCGCUCCCGCCGGGAGCUGCUCCAGCUCGACUUCCUCGCCGCCGCCCUCCAGGUCCCCUUCGUCAGCAUCCUGGACACCCGCGGGCCGCUGCCCUUCCGAGCGCAGAGCCCCUUCCACUUCCACAUGGACCGGCAGAGCUCACUGGAGACUCUGGUGGACGUGCUGGUGAGCAUCCUGCAGGCCAGUGACUGGCAGGAGACCAGCCUGGUGCUCUGCCACCCCUGGGAUGUCGCCGGCUUCCUCAACCUCUGGGCCCAACGCUCCCAGCUCUUCCUGCGCACCGUCCUGGACCUGGGCUACCUGGAUGAGCCCAGGGCCACCCGCUACCUGCAGCAGCACAGGGAGCAUGUCAGGACCCUCUCCAGCCCGGUGCUGGUGCUGGGCUGCGACUUGCCCCGUGCUCGGCUCGUCUUCCAGGCAGCCGAGGAGUCGGGGCUGCCACCACAGGAAUUCCACUGGAUGCUGGGCUCCCCGCUCGGCGCCAGCGAGCUGCAGACCGAGGGGCUGCCCCCGGGGCUGCUGGCCUUCGGUGAGGUCAACCGGCCGCCGCUGGAGCUCUUUGUUCAGGACGCGGUGGGAUUGGUGUCCCGGGCCAUCGCCCGCGCCGCCCGCGGCCGCCCCGACCCCGCGCUGCUGCAGACCACGAGCAACUGCAGCGAGAGGCACCGGGCGGGUGGCAAGUCCCCGGGGCUGUUCCUUGCCAGGUUCCUGGCCAACACGUCCUUCCGUGGUCAGACGGGGCUGGUGCGUGUGGAGAAGGCGGCGCUGGUGCGGCCGGAGCAGCAGUUCCACGUCUGGAGCCUGCGUCGGGACUCUCGGGGGGCCCCCACCUGGGUGACGGUGGGCACCUGGAGCCAUGGCAAGCUGGAGCUGGAGGAGGGCAUGUGGCAGAGCCAGCGGCAGCACAAGAGCCCCGGCGAAGCGGCCGGGGGGGCCCGCGCGCGGCUGCGCGUGGUGACGCUGGUGGAGCACCCCUUCGUCUUCACCAGGGAGGUGGAUGAGGAAGGGAACUGCCCGGCCGGGCAGCUCUGCCUGGACGCCGGCACCAACGACUCGGCCGUGCUGGACGCCCUCUUCGAGGAGCUCGGCACCGGCAAUGGCUCAGUGCCACGGGCGUACAAGAAGUGCUGCUACGGGUACUGCAUCGACCUGCUGGAGAAGCUGGCUGAGGACAUGGCCUUUGACUUCGAGCUCUACAUCGUGGGCGAUGGGAAAUACGGGGCCUGGAAGAACGGGCGCUGGACGGGACUGGUGGGGGACCUGCUCAGUGGCACGGCCCACAUGGCCGUCACCUCCUUCAGCAUCAACUCGGCGCGGAGCAAAGUCAUCGACUUCACCAGCCCCUUCUUCUCCACCAGCCUGGGCAUCCUGGUGAGGACCAAGGACACGGCGUCGCCCAUCGGAGCCUUCAUGUGGCCCCUGCACUGGACCAUGUGGGUGGGCGUCUUCGUGGCGCUGCACAUGACGGCACUUUUCCUCACCCUCUACGAGUGGAAGAGCCCCUAUGGCAUGACCCCCCACGGCCGCAACCGCAUGAAGAUCUUCUCCUACUCCUCAGCCCUCAACCUGUGCUACGCCAUCCUCUUUGGGCGCACUGUCUCCAGCAAGACACCCAAGUGCUGCACCGGCCGCUUCCUCAUGAACCUCUGGGCCAUUUUCUGCCUCCUGGUGCUCUCCAGCUACACGGCCAACCUGGCGGCCGUCAUGGUGGGGGACAAGACCUUCGAGGAGCUCUCGGGCAUCCACGACCCAAAGCUGCAUCACCCCUCGCAGGGCUUCCGCUUCGGCACAGUGUGGGAGAGCAGUGCCGAGGAGUACAUCAAGAAGAGCUUCCCUGAGAUGCACGAGUACAUGCGGCGCUACAACGUCCCCACCACCCCCGACGGCGUCACCAUGCUCAAGACAGAGCCCCCGAAACUCAACGCCUUCAUCAUGGACAAAUCCCUGCUGGACUACGAGGUCUCCAUCGACUCCGACUGCAAACUGCUCACCGUGGGCAAACCCUUCGCCAUCGAAGGCUACGGCAUCGGCCUCCCCCAGAACUCGCCGCUGACCUCCAACGUCUCCGAGUUCAUCAGCCGCUACAAGUCCUCGGGGUUCAUCGACCUCCUGCACGACAAGUGGUACAAGAUGGUGCCCUGUGGGAAGCGCGUCUUCGCCGUCACCGAGACCCUGCAGAUGGGCAUCUACCACUUCUCGGGGCUGUUCGUGCUGCUGUGCAUCGGGCUCAGUGGCUCCCUGCUCACCUCGCUGGGCGAGCACGUCUUCUACCGCCUGGUCCUGCCCCGCAUCCGGCGCAAGAAGAAAUUCAACUACUGGCUGCACACGAGCCAGAAAAUCCAUCGGGCUCUGAACAUGGGCACGGAGGAGCGGAAGAGCCAGCAGCUGAAUUUGGAGCAGAGGGGUGAGCCCCAGCCCAAGCCAGCACCGGCAGCAGCACAGCCCUGGAGUGCCCUGCGGAAGGAGACCCGGCGGGUGCGAUUCCAGCUGGACAAAGCCCCCCCCGAGGGCGAGGGGACCCCACAGCACCCCGGGAACGGGCAGGCACCACAGCCCCCGGACAGGGCAGCCAGCGAGAGCGAGCUCCGGGAGCUGGAGGAGAAGAUCCAGGAGAUGCGGGAGCAGCUGCGCGCGGCGCUGCUGAGGAAGAGCGAGCUGGUGGCCGUGCUGGGCACAGCCAAGGGCGGCCGGGCACUGCCCGCCCUGCUGGCCCCCGAGGAGCCCCGGGAGGAGAGGCCCAGCUCAGCCCCACCGCAGGACGGCAGCGAUUAG